GAUGACCCGCUCUUCAACCAGAAAGGCUAUCAUCGUCAUCAUCAGCCAGUUCAUCAGUUCAAACCGAUUUGCGAUCCAGUUUAAAAGGUAGUGGGAAUGAGGCCUUAAGCAGUCUCAAACUGGAUUACAGUAUUUCCGCAGUUGUUUUGGACCCUUGAGAAGGUCAGGGAGGUGGGGAUGAUGGGAGAGGGCCUCCUUGGGAGGAGAGUGAGCUUGGGUGGGCUUGGAUCGGGGCCAGAAGGCCAGCUGAGGCCACUUCUCUUCCCAGCUUCCUUAAGGCCAGAGUGAACUAUAAAGCCCACAAGGCAAGGUUUGCAUUUGUAUGUAGGUCAUAUUCUGGGCUUAGAGAGAUUGCAUUGAAGGAGAAGUUUGGAGCAAGAGGAGCGUCUUUGACAGCUUGCAGCCAUGCAUGUCCUGGAAUGGGCUUGGGCACUGUUGCUGCUGCAUUACGCUUGGGGCAACAACAACAGUGAUCAAGACCAAGACGACCCCCUUUUUUGGGCGGAGGGCGAAUGGUGCCGGACCUGGGCUCACCCCAGUUGGGUCUUCUGGUGCCCCAGGUAUCUUGACCAGCCGGGCAACGUCUUCUGUUGCGGGACUUGCAACCUCCCUUAUUGUUGCUCUGAGCCGGAGGAUCGCCUCAACCAGCAAGGAUGCUUGUCUCCGGUCCCUACGAGCAUUGGACCCAUGCAAAACCCCCGGAACAACCCUCCACCAGCACCUGGGAAGACCUCUUACAGCUUGACAAUCUUUUUCUCCUUCGUUUCAUUUCUUCUGGGCAUCACUUUUCUUCUCGUCGUCCGUCAUUGCAAGGAGAAAUACGGCCCUCGGCUGAGAUCCUUCUGGCACAGCAACAUGGUCCAGGUCUGGAACCGGAACCGGAACCAGAACCAAGACGAGCCUCGAGAAAUGUUCCAGACAGGGAUAUAUCAUCUUCCAACUGUGCCUGAGCCUAUUCCUGACCCUUUUCUGCGCCCGCUUCCUCCCAACGUUACCAUCAUGCCUCCAAACGCAGCCAGACCUCAAGAGAAGUGGGCCUUUUCCCCUUCGGCGCUGGCAGACCUCUUGCAAUCUGCAAGUUUUGGGAACAUGGAGGGCGAAGGUGCCUCUGGGUCUCUGGUGCACAGACAUGUCCCUAGCCAGGCUUCGGAUACUCCCUCCGAGAAGGAAACCUCAUUAUAGUCCUGCAAUUUCUAUUCUCUUUAUACUUAUAUUUUCUUUAGGAUCUUUCUACAAAAGUCAAAUGCCCCACUGGAGAGCCACAGGCUCAUUUCUCUCUCUCUUUAGGAUCCACAAAAUUCAUCAACCAAUUUCUGGGGACACUUUUUAAAAUGAUAUUUUAGAACUAGAUUGACUACUUGUCUCACAUAUUGAGCACUACAGCUCUAUACAGCUACAACUUGCAUUUUGCUUUUUCUCUGGGGUGGCAUUCGUGUGCAUUCAUGGCAUGAUUUGUAUUGAGCUCCAAAUGCUGGGGUGUGUCUUACGCUACAAAACGAUUGCAGUUUACACCACUUUUCCUGUCACGGCUCCAUCCCAUGGGAUCCUGGGAUGUGUAGGCUGGGGAAGUACUUAGAGAGUUUUAACCGAGUUUAGACCUCACAAGUAGAGACUUCUCCAAAUCGCAGAUCCCAGGAUUUCUUAGGAUAAUGUCAUGGCAGUUAAAAGCAGAAUCAAGUGACCAUACAAUUGCGCACCUCUGGAGCUGGAAUGGAGAAACAGCUAUAGCCAAAGGCCAGACUUUCCUUGAUGUCUCAAACUAGGCCUCUCCUCCCAAUUAUAACUGAGUAGGAAGAUGAGGAAGACGACGGAAAGUACCAACCCUGGCUCCCAAAGCCAACAUAUCUGAAGGGGAAAGGUCUGCAACUGCAACUCUGGAUAGGUAAAGCAUUGGUAUCUUAAUCCUCCAAGGUUAUACUCUGUGACCAAUGAGGAAAGCUUUGUCUGUGUGGCUGUUCCUAUGUGAGCAUUAAUUUCUGUUUGGAUAUAACCCAAAGUCUACUUACUAUGGGUGCAAAUGCACUAUAUGUCGCCCCAAGCCUUUUAAAAUUUGAGAUUUCUAUGAUGCCCGCUUCCUUUAGGAAAAUUUCUCUUGAGGAUGCUCAGAGCUGUUUUUAGCACAAAUUCUUGCCAUGUUCAUGCUUGUAAAUGUGUGUAACUAAUAAA